GGAGGGGCGGGGCCCGAGGGGCGGGACCUCGGGUGGCCCGAGGUGGCCGGGUUGCUGGCCCAGAAUCAUCAUCCGCUCAGUCCGAUUCAUCCCGGCCCGGGGAUGGCGUCCCCACGGGAACUGACCCAGAAUCCCCUGAAGAAGAUCUGGAUGCCAUACAGCAAUGGGCGGCCCGCUCUGCACGCCAGCCAGCGUGGUGUUUGCAUGACCAACUGCCCGACGCUCAUUGUCAUGGUGGGCCUGCCUGCCAGGGGCAAGACCUACAUUUCCAAGAAGCUGACCCGGUACCUCAAUUGGAUUGGUGUGCCCACUCGGGAAUUCAACGUGGGCCAGUAUCGCCGGGAAAUGGUCAAGACGUACAAAUCUUUUGAGUUUUUCCUCCCAGACAAUGAAGAGGGCCUGAAAAUCAGGAAGCAGUGUGCCCUGGCAGCCCUCUGUGACGUCCGAAAGUUCCUCAGUGAGGAGGGUGGACAUGUGGCGGUUUUUGAUGCAACCAAUACCACCCGAGAACGGAGAGCAACCAUCUUUAACUUUGGGGAGCAGAAUGGCUACAAGACCUUCUUUGUUGAAUCUGUCUGUGUGGAUCCUGAGGUCAUAGCUGCCAACAUUGUGCAAGUGAAGCUGGGCAGCCCUGACUAUGUCAACCGGGACAGUGACGAGGCCACUGAGGACUUCAUGAGGCGCAUUGAGUGCUAUGAGAACUCCUACGAGUCGCUGGAUGAAGACCUGGACAGUAUUGGAGUAACACCCUACAUGGAGACUCAUGGUCCUUCCACACAGGAUCUAUCCUAUAUCAAGAUCAUGGAUGUGGGACAGAGCUACGUGGUGAACCGUGUAGCUGACCACAUCCAGAGCCGAAUUGUGUAUUACCUCAUGAACAUCCAUGUGACUCCCCGCUCCAUCUACCUCUGCCGGCAUGGGGAGAGCGAGCUCAACCUCAAGGGCCGGAUUGGCGGGGACCCAGGACUAUCUCCCCGGGGCAGGGAGUUUGCCAAGAGUCUGGCUCAGUUCAUCAGUGAUCAGAACAUCAAGGACCUGAAGGUCUGGACGAGCCAGAUGAAGAGGACAAUCCAGACGGCAGAGUCGCUAGGUGUGCCCUACGAGCAGUGGAAGGUCCUCAAUGAGAUUGAUGCGGGUGUCUGUGAGGAAAUGACCUAUGAGGAAAUCCAGGAUCACUAUCCACUGGAGUUUGCCCUGCGGGAUCAGGACAAGUACCGGUACCGGUACCCUAAGGGCGAGUCCUACGAGGAUCUGGUCCAGCGACUGGAGCCUGUCAUCAUGGAACUGGAGAGGCAGGAGAAUGUGCUGGUUAUCUGUCACCAGGCUGUGAUGCGCUGCCUCCUGGCCUACUUCCUUGACAAAGCAGCUGAAGAGCUGCCCUACCUCAAGUGUCCCUUACACACAGUCCUGAAGCUAACGCCUGUGGCUUAUGGUUGCAAAGUGGAGUCCAUAUUCCUGAAUGUGGAAGCUGUGAACACGCACCGGGACAGGCCUCAGAAUGUAGACAUCUCCAGGCCUUCGGAGGAAGCCCUUGUCACAGUCCCUGCUCACCAGUGACCACCUCUCAUCUAAGACCCCUGGACAGUCGAGAUCAUUCCAGGCCCCCCUGAUGUUUGCAGCACUGGCCUUGUCACCAUGUAGGAACACUCCUGAUGGCCAUGGGUGGCGAGCAGCUCCCAGAACCUUCAGUUCAGCCUACCUGCUCUCCUGUUGACAAGCAACGACAGGGCUGGGUGUGGCUGUUGACCUGCUGCUAAGAAUCCCUGGGUUGCUUGGCUGUGUGGCUGGUGAGGCUGCCCUGCUGGCUCUCAGGCAGCCUUCUCACCAUGCAAGCUGUUUUUGUGAACUGUGAAAUCCUAAAUGUGACACAGAAAGUCUCACUGGGAUGUUCCCACUGUGGUUUAGCUGCCUAAAAUGGACCAGUGACCUCUGGCAGAGCUCUACUGUCCUCGCUAUAGCCAUUCUUUUUUUUGAAACAGGACCUCACUAGUCCUGCCUAGCCUAUAGACCAGGAUGGCCUCAAACUCAGAGAUCCACCUGCCUCUGCCUCACAAGUGCUGUGCCCAGCCUCUGUAGCCACUCUUGAAGCCAGAGGCCAGGUUUCAUGGGACUCUGGGUGUAUACUGUCUCAGGAGAGAGGGGGACCCUGCCCCCUCCUUCCUUGUCUGGAACAGAAGAGCUGUCACCCACAUUCGUGGACACUCUUGAGAACAGUGUGUUCUCUUUGUCAUGUAACACUGAAUAAAGGCAGGAAGGCAGCAUUUGUGGUGCCCCUUCCUAACUUCUGCCAAGGCAUACACUGAAAUGCGAGAGAGCUGGGGCCUGGCUGCCUUGUCCCAGGUUCUCUCACAGGAGUCAUGUAAAGACAGGACAGCUGCAUGAGUUACUUUCUCAGCAUGCACACCCAAGUGCUUGAGAAAGCUGGUCUUCCUGGUCACUGCCCACAAAGGAAUGUACAUUGGUGUCAGGGACCUGUCUUUGCCUAAAUAGUCCAGAAAAACUGAUGGUCCUAUUAAACUUGUCCUGCUGUUUGUCGACCUCCACCUGGGGACCCAGGAAGGAGGGGACAAAACCCAGAAGCAGCCCCUAGCCUGGGGAGUAGUCCCCAGUCCCACCUCAGCCUUGGCAUGUGUGUAUAUGAGCCAAGUGCAAACAGCUUUGUGAAGCCUGGUGCCUCUCACGCUCUGAGUCCUGUGCAGCACUUUCUAGCUCCCUGUCUCAAAUGGCCUACGAAAUGACAAGCAGGUUGUGAAGCAGGGCAGGAAACUCUAUAGCAGCAGUUGGUGCUCUGCUGUUCACAGAGGGGCCUUGGGGAAGCCAGGCCCUGCAUCCAAUAACCCUGGGCCUGGCAGAGCAGCCUACCUUUUCCAGCCCUGCCAACACUGGGGUUUGUAGCCUGCGGGUGCUGUCUGCCCUGAGAGAAGUCAGUGUCCCUGUCCCCAGCCAGUGGUCUCUCAUCCUCUUGUGCUGUAGCAGCUGUAGUCAAGAACAGGUGUCUGGGAUGGGCCUGGGGUAGGACCCUUCUGGACUCCUCUCCCAUCAGAGCUCCAAGCUGGGGCUUGGAGCUAGAAGACUACUGCCUUCAGGACAUGGGAACUACAGCCAUUGUUUCUGUGUCUCUGAGUUUGAGUGACUUUCGUCCUUGGACACACUUGUUAGCCAUAGCAGGUCCCUAUGUGAAUAUAACUGGACACCACCGGAGGUUGUGAGACCACCGAGGCCUUUUUUUUUUCCCUCUGUACUGAGGAAAAGCAGGAGCUGUUGGAUUAUACAUAAAAGGUUUAAGGUUGGAGCAGGGUGUCAGCAGGGCGGGUCAUGUGCAGAAACAGCCCCUCCCUCAAUCGUCUUGGGGUGGCUUUGCAAGGCAGCCACAUGCCUGGCUGGCCACCAGGUUUUAACUGGGCUGGUUCAUGUAUCUGAGUUUCAGACAUUGCCUUGCUUUGAUAGAAUGGAUGGUACUGGAGUUCGGCUAUACAUUGCACUGUGUCUAGCAUUCUUUGCAAUAAAUACUUUUAAAAAAAAAAAA